CCGCGCCAUGCUGCUGUGCGAGCUGUGCGGCCAGGCGCUGCGCACGGAGCCGGAGAUGCGGCGCCACCUGCUGCGCGCGCACCUGGAGUGCGAGUCCCGCUGCCCGCUCUGCUCCUUCUCCGCGCCCGGCUACGACGAGCUGCGCGCUCACGUGGACAGCGCGCACCCCGAGCCGGGCCCCGCCCCCACUGGCGGCCCGCCCCAGUGUCCUUUCUGCGGGGAGACCGGCGCCUCGGGCCGCCAGGUGGAGGCGCACGUGAGGUCCCGGCACGGCCACCUCCUGGACCCGCCGGCCCCGGGAAAUGGACAACAGCUAUAUGAAUGUCCAAUGUGUGAUCUUGUCUGUGCAAACUGUCAGAUUCUCCAGGAACAUGUGGACUUGCACUUAGAAGAGCACCGCUUUUCAGAAGUAGAUAUAAAUGCAGGUGGACGUUUAAGUGAUUUGGAACUGGCUCAGCAGCUCCAGAAUGAAGAAGACAGACAGCAAGGAUUAGAAGAAAGAGAAGAAUUCCAAAAACUCCGGAGACAAUAUGGAUUGGAUAGUGCUGGAGGCUACAAGCAGCAGUCACUAAAGAAUAUGGAAAGGGAAGUAGCUAGGGGAAGGAUGCAGCCUUCUGAAUAUCAUAAAAGAAAAGCUGACAUGAUGGAAUCUUUGGCUUUUGGAGUAGAUGAUGGGAAAACAAAGACCUCGGGAGUCAUUGAAGCACUUUGCAGGUACUAUCAAAAUGAAAUCAAAGAUGUAAGACGUGUAUGGCUUUCUACAGGAGUGGAUCACUUCCACUCAUCUUUGGGAGACAAAGGUUGGGGUUGUGGCUACAGGAACUUUCAAAUGCUGCUUUCUUCGUUAUUGAGCAAUGGCAUGUAUAAUGACUGUUUGAGAGAUAUUACUUUAAUUCCUUGUAUUCCAAAAAUUCAGUCCAUGAUUGAAGAUGCUUGGAAAGAAGGUUUUGAUCCUCAAGGAGCAUCUCACUUCAACAAUAGAUUACAUGGUACCAAGGCAUGGAUAGGAGCAUGUGAAAUUUAUUCUCUGUUAACCAGUCUCAGAUUAAAGUGUCAAAUCAUUGACUUUCACAAGCCAACUGGCCCCUUGGGUACACACCCUCGUUUAUUUGAAUGGGUUUUGAGCUACUAUUCUUCAAACAGAGAAGGUGGUACAAAGGUUGUGUGUACCCCCAAACCACCUAUCUACAUACAGCACCAAGGGCAUAGCCGUACUAUUGUUGGAAUAGAAGAGAGGAAGAAUAGAACAUUAUGUUUACUAAUAUUUGACCCAGGAUGUCCAUCCCAAGAAAUGCAGAAACUGUUAAAACAAAGCAAUGAUGAUACCAGUCUCAAACUACUUCGGAAAUUUGUGGGUAGUUUAAAAGAUAAACAGUACCAAAUAGUGGCUGUAGAUGGCAAGCUCUCACCAGAGGAGAAAGUUCAAAACACCCCAAAACAAAACACCCAUCUGUUUAUUCUUCAGAUAAAAGUUCGCUGCCAGGCUUCUCAACUGUUCACAGCAGAGAGGAUUCCUUAAAGGGUGGCCUAUUUACUACUUUUCUCUGGAACUCCGUGGAUGUGAAACUUUAAAUGCAUUUAGACAGCUUUUCAAUCAUCUUAUUUAUAAUGUGUUAAUAUUUUUCAGCAUUUUUAAUUAUACCUUGCCAAAAAAAUAAGUUUGUCCUGUUAAUUUUUUAGUAACUAUUUAUCGGCUUCAUGGUUGUGUACUCUAUACCCUGCAGGGAUAUAAGGUUGGGCCUUAUGUUAGCCGUGUACCAUAAUAAAGUGGGGAAUCUGGUCAAUUUACUGGAGUAUGGAAGAGUAUAGUGACUUGCUCCUGAGUGGCAAUAGUACCACAAGGUUUUAACUGUAAUGUGUUACUGCUGUAUGGCUUACCAAGGCUCUUAUUUACUCUUCUACCAGUUUUUAUUAGUAUCUAUUCUAAUAACCACCCUUUCUGUAUAGGAGCAACCCUAUAGGGCUAGUGUAUCUGUGUAAUUGUUAACUGCCUUAACAAUUGCAAAGUUCUUGUUCUCCUA